GCAUACUGAAAGCACUUUUGGGUCAUUCCAUCUAACCCUUAUGCUUGGACGUACAUAUAUGAAAUUACUAUCGAAACCUCUUUGCGUUUUCACUGCCACGUGCUGUAAGUUAGCUUGGUUUAGAGCUUGCGUCCCCGUUAUUGUAAUAUGAAUGUCUCUUUUAUAUAGAUAGUAGCAGUGAUAAGCUGCUUAGCAGGAAAGAUGUUAUCUCCAGUAGCAGCGAGAGUCGUUAGUGGCCGCUUUAGCUCUAGUGGAGGCGACAAUCCUUUCUCGCAGCAUAGGCAGUCACAUGAUGAGGAGCAGCCACUUCAUAGCAAUGAGCCUGGGAAGCGGGAGUACUCGGGUCGCUACCUGCUGACCUGCCUGAUCGGGUAUUCCCUAAGCUUCGUCGUCUUUGGCUCGCAAGUCAGCAUUCUCGGACCAACUAUAGCAGCUCUUGCCAAUAAGUUGCACGUAGAAGAGCCGGACCUCAGCCCACUCUUCACGGCCCUCGGCGUCAGCUGCAUCGUGAGCGGCACCCCAUCGGGAUGGCUCGUUGACCGGGUGCCAACGCACCGCGUGCUCGCAGGCUCUCUGCUCGUCCAGGCUGUCGGCUUCUCGCUGGUGCCCCUCAUGCCCUCCGUGUGGUCCCUCACGGCGCUCUUCUUCGCCGCCUGCUUCUCCUACAAUUUCACCAACUCGGCCGUCUUCACGGGGCUGGCCUGGAUGUUCCCCAAGCGGGCAGGUCCCGCCAUCAACAUGGUGCUCGCCAUGUUCGGGCUGGGAUCCUUCUUCAUCCCGCUGGCAGCGCAGGCCUGCAGCACCUACCUGGGCUCCCCCCUGGCGGUCUUCUACCUCACGGGCGGCCUGGCGCUCAUAGCCGCACUGCCCUUCCUCGCCCUCGCCUCGCCCACACGACCCACGGAUGCCGCGGAUCCCGCCUCCGCCGAGGGCAGCGGCAGCUGCACCACCAGCGUAACCAGCCGCCGGUCCCGGCUCCGCCCUGACGCCUCCCGCCGGCGCGCGCUGCAGCAGAGCACCACGGGUGCGGUGGUGCUGCUGGUGUUCCUCACCACGGCCGCCGAGACGGCCAUCGGCAACUGGGUGCACACGUUCAGCGUGCAGGAGGUGCCGGGCAUGGGCGAGGGAGAGGCGGCGCUGGCGAAUAGCGCGUUCUGGGGGGCGUUCACGGUUGGGCGCGUGAUUGGGGCCACCGUGUCUCACGCCACCACCCCGCUGGCGCUGCUGCUGGGCUCGCUGCCCUUCUCGCUGGCGGGGUGCGCGCUGCCGCUGCUGGCGGGCAGGGGGCGGCUCAGCAAGCAGCUGGUGCUGGCGCUGGCGGCACUCACGGGUCUGGGCAACUCCACGGGCUACGCCAACGCGGUUGCGCUGCUGGAGCGCUACCUGCCGGUGUCGGGGCUGAUCAACGGGGUGUUCGGUGCGGUGGCGGGCGGGGCGUGCAUGGUGGGGCCGGUGCUGGUGGCGGAGCUGGCCAAGUACACCAGCCUGAGGUACAUGUCCAUGCCCUGGGUGGGUCUGGUGCUGUACGCGCUGCACCUGCCCGCCAUCCUCACCGCCGCAUGGGCGGGGGGCAGGCUGCUGGCGCUGCCGCCCCCAGCGGAGGCGGAGCAGCCCUUCCUGCGCGACUGCCCCGCCGGGCCCAUGGCCGUGGGGGCGGAGGAAGAGGAGGAGGAGGUGCUGCGGCUGUUGCAGCAGCAACACCAGCAACAGGGAUUGCAGCAGCAGCAGCAGCAAGCGGAUGAUGAGCGGCAGCGGGGAGUACGACAAGUAGGUGUACGACAAGUUGGGCAACAAGAUGAGCAACAUGGGGGAGGGCAAUCCGUACCGCCCCCGCAAUUAGUAGGGGCGGGGACAGGGGCAGCAGCGGGUGCUAACGGGAAGCAGCAUCGGUGAUGGGGAUAGCGAGGGGUUCGGAGGGUGGCACCGAGCGGGGCUUGCAGCAGCGUGUUUACUUGGUUGUGUGUUGUGCGCGUUAGGGUCGGGGGCCUGAUGGUCUGAUGUGGGUGCUGUGUAAUGCCGGCUAAAGAGAGGAUUAGGAGGCGCGCAACAGUCUUCUCGCCUGAAUCGCUGGCGUUGUAUUGUACAGUCUGUGUAGCUCUUGUGUGGCUUAAUGGCUUAUGCACGGCGGUGUGUUAUCGCGCGCGCCGGUAGGGACUCGCAGCGGAGCGCGGCGGUCCUGGUUGGUGGCGUCAGGAUGCAGGUCUUGACAAAAAUGAGCUUACGUUGUAUAUGUCAACCGCGUUUCCACGCGCCCUUGUUUCUAUAAUGUGUGCGGCAGGUUGAACGGUGAUGAAGUUAUCUAUGAUACGCGGUGCGGCUAGGAAACGUCAAGCGUCAAGGGUGUUGUUGCUUGGGUGCCAGCGACGGAGGAGGAACAAUAGCUUGCUAGUGCUAGGCCAGACUGACCCCCUGUGUCUUCCACCCGAGUCAGCUGUGUGGGAACAUGUACUGCGCCCGAACAGGGCUGCUUAACAUAAAGAUUUGGGAACCCAAUUCUCGACCACGGUGGUUGGUAUGUUGCAACCUGGCUAUGCUACGCGGGCUCGGAGCCGUGACCGCAGCUGUUUGCCGGUCUGGAGGAGCAAUCUGUUUGAAUGAAUGACCGUUACAAUGGUUCCCUAAAAGGGAGGCAUCUGUUUGGCAGUUCUAAAAGCAAAUUAUGGUAGGAGAAGGAAGGAACAUAGGAUCGGCACUUGCGCAGUGUAUGCCGGCCGUACGAACAUUUCGUGCCCGCGUGCGAAGGAUCGCAAGCUUCAGACCGCAUGUGUGUCUCGUCACACCAAGAGCGGCGGCGUGUAAGGAAUCCUGACUCACAGCUAGCGUACUUUGUACCGUAUAGCUUGCUGUGGCUUGACCAACCGCCAUUUUUCUACGAUUACGUCCCUGACGUGGCGCGACUGCCUUGGACGGAUCCGAGCCUGUACGACGGAUGCAGGCUGCGCUGAGCGAUGAGAGACAACUACCCUCCUUUAAUCAAUUACGUUUGAGGAUUCUGUGGUAGCAUAAUUCAUCUGGUGUUCACGGUGUUAAUCGUGCCUAUUUAUACACGGC